AUGGAAAACAACCUCCGCUUCAACGUCUCUAAGUGCAAAGUUCUCACCAUCACCAGAAAGAAAAAUCCUAUCAUUCAUGACAACAAUCUUGGGAGCCAAAACCUGACUCGAGUAGAUAGCGAAAAAGAUCUUGGAAUUACCACCACAUCAAAACUUUCUUGGGACAUUCACGCGAACACCAUCGUCGCAAAGGCCAACAAAAUAUUAGGCGUCCUUAGAAGAACAUGUAUCAAAUUGAUGGACAUGAAAACCAGACGAACUUUAUAUUUAUUGUUGGUCAAGUCGCAGCUGUGUUAUGCUACACAGUUAUGA